UUGAUCCGACUCCAUCCAACAUGCCGCCGCGGAAGAGGGCCAAACCAAGCGCGGCGUCGACGCCUCUUGCCGACACUCAGGCAAAGACACCGCAACCCCACGACACCACGGCCCAGGCCCAAGAACUCCUCCACGACCCCUGGGCCGACGAGCAGGAGACACAGCUCUUCAAGAGCAUGAUGAAGUGGAAACCCACCGGCAUCCACAAGCAUUUCCGCAUGAUCUCCAUCCACGCCGACAUGCGCUCCCACGGUUUCGCGACCGACGACGCUCCGCACACUCGCAUCCCCGGCAUCUGGCGCAAGCUACAUCAGCUGUACGACUUGCACGCCCUGGACGACCGAGAAAACUCAUAUGCGUUCGGCGAAGACGCGGACCCGCACGACCCGGAAGAUGCUGCCAAUAUGGAUGAUUUCGAGCUACCUGAGGAAGAUUACGGCGAGCUGAUUUGGCAGUCUCGCUUCGAUGGCUCCGGCUCUUCAUCGCCACCACUCAUGCCCGUUGAGGACGAAAAGGCUUUGUAUCAUCCAAGCAUCGGUCUACUAAAAGACGAGCCAGGUGGCGUACUGUCGCAGAAGGUGGGGAGUGCUGCGUCCGCUUCGGCGUCCGCGUCAGCGCCCAAGAGUGCAAAAACCACGAGGGCUAGCAGGGCAGCGGCCAAGAACACCAAAGCUACCAAAGGGCAGACCAAGAAUACCAGAGCACAGGCUGCUGUUUCUGAUUCGGUCGAAGAGGAGGAAGAGGACGAAGAAGAAGACGACGACGAGGAUGACGAGGAAGGGUCAAGUUCUGAAUCGGAAGAAGAGACAGCUCCCAGCACGCGGCGUACGAAUCGGAGCACAGCGAAGGCGAAACCUGCGCCCAAGCGGACGCGGAAGAGGUAG